AAGAAAGAUAAGCGUUCAACCAAAAGAGUUCGAUACAGCCAGCCAAGCAAUCAAUCCAGGCAGCACAAGGGAAUUUGUGGAAGCGACGUUUGGAGCAGACUUCAAUCUCAAUGGAGUAACAUCUAUAUUAAAAUAGAUAGGAUGCUAUUUGAAAAUGUUCUAUAGAAAGAAAAAGGAAUUAAAUAAAACUUCAGUUUCAAAGAAGAAUCUUGGGGGAAACUUUGGGUCACAUAACUCAGCACUAUCUGUCCUCCAGGAACAACCCACUAGAGAUGGUGGCUUGGAUGUCCCCCCCCCUUUCCCUGCAUCCCUCCAGGACCCCCAGGCUCCUCCCUGCCCCACUACCACCUGUCUGCUGCACCCCAGGCUGGCCACGGCCACCAGCCCUCCCCCUGUCCUUGGAGCCUGCCUUAGACGACCCACAGCCCUGAGUCGACAUGCCAGUGCGGCUGGCUUCCCCCAGGCUGGAGCCUGGGCCUUCAGUAAGACCCAGGGGAAAGGAGCGAGCCUUGCCUCCAGCCCCACCACAGAGGCCUCGGAGGUGGGCAUCGAAGUGGAGGACAUCCCCUCUUUGCUCCGGGACGUGGCUUGCUUCGCUGAGGCUGUGGAGAAACUGAAAGAAAUGGUGCUGGGGGAAGACAGGCAGAUAGAUAACCUCUCAGACAGGCAGCUGGACCGUCGUGACCUGGCCCAGGAGUGUUUGGGAGAGGUGUUGCGUGUGUUGAGGCAGGUGAUCAGUGCCUACCCCCUCCUCAACACUGUAGAGACCCUCACUGCUGCUGGAACACUCAUCUCCAAGGUCAAAGGGUUUAGUUACAAGGACAGCAGUGACAUGGGUAAGCAGGACUUUGAGAAAGCCAUCGAGACCAUGGCUGUGGCUUUCAGUAGCAGUGUGUCGGAACUUCUGAUGGGAGAAGUGGACAGCAGCACCCUCCUGUCUCUACCGCUAACAGAGAGGAGCAGGUCUAUGGAGAACCUGUAUGACUUAGACUCGGCCCAGGCCAAAGACUGUCAAGGGAGGAGUGACCAGCAGGACUGCUGCAUGCUGAGUGGAGAGCAGGUUGACCUCCUACUGCAGUGCAGUGAGGGAGGAGUGGACUCCGCUCUCUCCUAUGCCAAGGCUGUGUCCAGAUAUCUGAAGGACGUUAUCAGCUAUGUGGAGAAAAGGACUGCUCUGGAGAUGGAGUUUGCCAAGGGUCUGCAGAGGCUGUGUCAGUCCUGUAAGCAGAGCAUUGCACAGCCCCAGAUGCCAUUCUUCUCCAUCUACUCUCUGGCUCUGGAGCAGGACUUGGAGCAGAGUGUGGGUGUGCAGCAAACCACUGGCUCCAUACACACUGUUCUACAGCCUCUGAUGCAGUGUAAACAGGAGCAUGAGAGGAGACGCAGAGAGCUCGGAGAGCAGUGGCAGAGGGCCCAGAGGAAACUGACUGAUGCUGAGAGUGUCAUGCGUAAAACUCGAGGGUCAUACAUGAUUCGCUGUGAGGAGUAUGACAAGGCCAGGGGUCGGGCAGAGGAGGAGCUACAAGGGGGAGCAGGCGGGCUUAAAGCUCUGGACCGGAAGAAGCGAUUGGAGGAGGAGGCCAGGACCAAGGCUGAAGAGGCAGAGGCUGUGUAUCGUGCAUGUCUCUCCGAGGCGGAGGCGCGGCACCAGGAGAGAGAGCAGACUAAGGGCAGCACUCUCAGACAGAUCCAUGAUGUCAUCAGACACACAGACCACACCCUCAGAUCUUGCACGGUGUCGUACUAUCAGCUGCUGCACAUGCAGACAGCAGUGCUGCCAGUCCACUACCAGACUCUGUGUGAGAGCACCAAGCUCUACGAGCCGGGACAACAGUACGCCGCUCACGCAAGACAUUUACACAAGAGCCCAGAGGACGCCAGACAUCUCUACACGAGCACAGAGGAUGCCAGACAUCUCUACAUGAGCACAGAGGAUGCCAGACAUCUGUCGAACCCAGAGCCUGAAGCUCACUACCACUUCGAGUCCUACUCAUCAAACCAUCUGUCUGGACACACCCGCCACAACAGCUCUAACACGGAUGUACCAAUCAGCACUGAGACCACACCUCCCACGGAUUCACCAAUCAGCACGGAGAUCACGCCUACCACGGAUUCACCAAUCAGCACGGAGACCACACCUCCCACGGAUUCACCAAUCAGCACGGAGACCACACCUCCCACGGAUUCACCAAUCAGCACGGAGACCACACCUCCCACGGAUUCACCAAUCAGCACGGAGACCACGCCUACCACAGACGAGGAUGGUGGUACUGAGGAUGGAGUCACACAGAGAUGUGGGCAAGGUCACCAAUCACACAAGUCCUGGCCGUCAACGAUGAAGGACUCGGACUGUCUUGGAGGAGUCUAUGGUCUGGAGUCCUCCAGUACUGGGCACGUACCUAAAGCCAGUGAAGAAGAACAUGAUGGAAACGUCACCUCGUUUGAACAGGGGACAGAGCCAGAGAUCGCCGCUCCCACUGGUCCCUUCCGGAAUGUGGGAAUGUCCAAGGCAGCAAAGACCCACAGACUCCGCAAGCUCCGCACACCUGCCAAAUGCAGAGAGUGUAACAGCUAUGUGUACUUCCAGGGUGCAGAGUGUGAGGAGUGUUAUCUGGCAUGCCAUAGGCGUUGCUUGGAGAACCUGGCUAUCCAGUGUGGCCAUAAGAAGCUACAAGGUCGCCUGUCUCUGUUUGGCAGGGACUUCACGCAGGGGCUGGGAGACCCCGAUGGUGUGCCUCUGGUCAUCAGGAAGUGCAUCACAGAGAUAGAGAGCAGGGCUCUUAGGAUGAAGGGUAUCUAUCGUGUGAAUGGGGUGAAGACUCGUGUGGAGAAGCUGUGCCAGGCCUUUGAGAAUGGGAAAGAGCUGGUGGAACUGUCCCAAGCCUUUCCUCAUGAUAUCAGCAACAUGCUCAAACUUUACCUCAGACAGCUGCCAGAGCCUAUCUUGCCUUUCCAUCUCUAUCAGUCUCUGAUGGGGCUGGCCAAGGAGAGCCUGCGUUCUGCGUCUCCUAGCCCAGAUGGAGGUGAGGUGGCUGGGGCAGCAGUGCUGGCAGACCUGGGUGCUGAGACUCCCCUGGAGGUCCUGACUCUGGUCCACAGCCUGAGGGAGCUAAUGCUAACGGAGCUGCCGCAGGCUAAUACAGCCACACUGCGCUAUAUUGCACAGCAUUUGCGCAGGGUGUGUGAGUGUGAGCAGGAGAACAAGAUGAGUCCCAGUAACCUGGGCAUUGUGUUUGGCCCCACCCUGAUGCGUCCCCGUCCCUCCGGGGCCACCGUGACCCUGUCCUCCCUGGUAGACUACCCCCACCAGGCCCGCAUCGUAGAGACUCUCAUAGUCUUCUACAGCACCCUCUUCCAUGACAGCCCCUACGGCACCCCAGUUUCCUCCUUAGCCCUAAGCCAGGACGGUGGAGAGACUGUGGGGGUGGGGGAGGAGUCCAGGGGAGAGAUGAGGGAAACAAGACAGACUUAAAACACCACGGGGUGAGACGCCAGAUAACGACACAGAGAGACCAGUGGAAUCAGACCGAGGAGGAACCCUCAGCCGCAGCACCCACUGAACCUCUCUGGACCUGAACUCUUCAACAAAGAACUUCUGGGAAAAAUGGAAAUGGAAUUGUUUUUCAAAUGAAAAAGUACUUUAGUAAAAUCUACAAAUUGGAAUUAAUUUGGGAAAUUGCAGUUGAAAUGAAAGUGGUUCCAACGUACUGUUUUAAUGUGUUGACUACUGAUGAAAGAGUUAGUACACUGACUAGAUAGCAGAAUAUCAUAUUGCUGUUGUGUGAACGUGUUAAUUUCAUUGCAUGACUUGAGGUAUGAUUUUCUAAACCAGUUUUGCCAAAAUGCUGCACAAAGCUAUUUUAUUGUUUUAAUUACCUGGUGAGAUACCAGGAAGGAAUGUGAGAUUCAGUGUUUUUGUGCCUGCAAUUUCCUCUUUUUGUAUUCUCUCUGUAUACCCCUUGUAUGGUGUAUUCAUAUGGUAUGUCUAUACUCCAGCCUACCAUCUGCCUGUGUACUCACACCACUGCUGCUGGUUGGUAUGCUAGUCAGAGAGAGAUAUGUUUAUAUUGUUACAGUUCUAACAUCAUUUGUUGUAUAUCCUUGGUGACAUAAAAUUCAAACGUGAAGCACUA